AUGAUAUCGAAUAUCUUUUUGAUUUUGGCACUGAUUCGGAGUACGGUAGAACAAAGUUCCAUUGAAGGUUAGUUAGCUUAUCUUUGGGACCUUGCAUAAAAAAUUUUCGCUUUAAUUUUUGGAAAGCUCCCAAGUAUAUUAAUUCAUUGAAAAAUUCUGUUUUUCUCACCUGAGGAAAAAUAAAAUAUUUUAUUAUUUUUCCUCGAAAAAUUGUAUCAUCUAUUUAUCAUCAAUUAAUCAUGAUCCUCGUCUCAAAUUCACUUUUUUCUGUCAAAAUUUUUUUUUCGGGGAGUCAAAAAUACUAUAUAUAUAAUCCCAUUAUGCAUCUCAUCUCAUCUCGUUGUAUAUAAUAAUAAACAAAAAGUAACCCCAGCUAGAAAUGUUGUAAACAAAAGGUGUCACAUGUGGUCAUAACAUAUGUUUAUUGCGUUGGGUACAAAAAGAUCUACUACUACUACAAAUUUGAGAUGGGAAAAAAUCGACAUCAAGUGGGUCGGAGCAUAAUUCAAAAUUUUAUUUUGUAGAAAAAUUAGAUUAAAAAUUGGCUCAGAAUUUCUGGAGCCCUAAAUUUAUGCUCAAAAAAUCAGAAGCUCUAAAUUAAUGAUCAAAGAAACUGGAGCCGAAAAUUUAUACUCAAAAAAUCUGGAGCCCUAAAUUUAUACUCAAAAAAUCAGAAGUUCUAAAUUUAUGCUCAAAUAUUUUUUUAAAUCACAUUCUUCAACAUUUUUUUAAAUCACAUUUUUUUCAAAUUUGGUUUUGUAAAUGAAAUCUUUGAAAAUAAUUAGGAUUAAAAAUCAGGAGCUCUAAAUAGUUUAAUGCUCAAAGAGCCUGGAGCCCUAAAUUUAUGCUCAAAAAAUCUGGAGCCCUAAAUUAAUUAUUGCUCAAAGAACCUGGAGCUCUAAAUUUAAUUUCCCAACUUUUCCCGUAAAAAAAUCCCCCAAUCGAUCAAUCAAUCAUAACUCUCAUUUUUUCCGCCACAGGAAUUCUCAAAGAAUCUCUUCGAUCAAAUCGAGUGCAAGCGUGUGACGGCGAGCGCAUCACAUUGAGUUGUCCGCGAAAUACUCAUAUUAUUGUUCAGAAUGGGUGAGGAAAACUUGUGUGAUUGAUCGAUAACUUGUCAUAAUUUUUUAUUUCUGUAGGUUUUAUGGAAGAGUUGUUCCGGAAUCGCAAUUGUGUCCAGCACAAGUUCCGAAAAGAUCGACGAAAAAUGAGAAGUUGAAUAAGUAUUUGGGAGCGACGACUUGUGAUGUUAUUCAAGCGCAUACGGUGAGCAAAAAUUUUAUAGAAAUAAUUUUGCACAAUUUUUAAAAUGAUUUUUUUUCUGAAUUUUCCAAGUUUCCCAAUUUCCCGCUCAUUAUCCCCAUGGGACCACUAUAUAUAAUUCAUCUUUUUCGUUUUUCUCAAAACAACCUUUUUUCACACCCGAUCUAAAUAAAUUAGCAUAAUCGAGUUAACUUAACUCCUUUCCUUUUUCUAUUCAUUCAACGAAAUCCCAAUAGUACGACGAUGACUAAUAGGCUUUCCUUUUCUUUCAGAAAAUCCGCGAAAUUUGUGACAAGCGUCGAAAAUGUACAAUGGUUGUGGAUACGCAUACAUUUGAGGAUGAUCCAUGUCCGUCAACUUCGAAAUAUUUACAAAUGACGUAUGCUUGUAUGCCAGUUGCAUUUGAGGAUGAAACGAUUUGUGGGAAGAAUAUUGAGAUGCGAUUGGAAUGUCGAGAGGGAAAAAGGAUGGCGGUGUUUUCGGCGGUUCUUAAAAGUAGUCAACAAUGUCAGGUUGAAAAUCAGACGAAGAAUGGUAAUUUUUAGAGGAUUUGAAAUAGGAGGGGGUUUCUGAAAUAUUUUUUCUUGAAAUUUGAGAAGUUGUAGAUUUUGAAUAUUGAACUUAAAACAGGUUGAAAAUUAAAAUCUGAUUUUUGGAGUUACUCCGAAUUUCUGAUUUUAUCAGCCAGAAUUUUUAUGGCUGAAAAUAAAUCUCUUUCUAGAUGGAAUUUUUGCGCUGAAAAUGAUGGAGCUACUAAAAAUUUCUGAAAAUCAAUAUUUCCAGCAUUUUCAGCUCAAAAACUUCAUCUGGGAAGAUAUUUCUGGAAUUUGACAUUUUUAUAAAGCUUCAGAUCAAUAAGUUUGAAGAACACUGUUCUAGAUCAAAAUUUUGCUCUGAAAAAGCUGAAACUACUGAAAAUCAAUGAGAAUCAACAUUUUCAACAUUUUCAGCUCAAAAAUUUCAACUAGAAAAAGUUUUCUGAAAAUUGACAUCUAUUUGAAAUGGAUCAAGAAGUUUGAAGAAGACUUUCAGAAAACAUUUAUGGCUGAAAACGCUGGAAAUAUUGAUUUUCAGAAAUUUUCAGUUUCUCCAGCUAGCUAGAAAAGUGUUCUUCAAACUUCUUGAUCCAUUAUCUGAAGCUUUCAAAAAAUGUCAAAUAUCUUUCUAGAUGGAAUUUUUGUGCUGAAAAUGCUGGAAAUAUUGAUUUUAAGAAGUUUCAGCAUUUUCAGCGCAAAAUUUUGUUCUAGAAAUCUUCAAAACUUCCACCCUGACCCUUUUUCUAAUCAAAAACACUCUAGAUUGCUCAUCCGAUGUUCUUCCUCAACUUCUCCAACAUUGCCACGCCCAAGAAGGUUGUACAAUCAAAACCGAGAUGUUCGAAUCAAGCUGUAAGGAAAGUAAUGAUCUACAAGUUGUAUAUGUUUGUGUAAACGAGGAAAUAUUUUCCGAAGAAGCGAUUAAAGGAGAACUUCCGAUUCUAGAAGUUUUUCUGAAGGAAUUCAAUGCCAACAAGGACAAAGGUUCCCAACAAAUUUCGAAGAUUUGGCAUGGCGAGCCAGAACAUCCAGAGAUUCCUGACGAAAUGCCAGUUCAUCAAAUCAAUAAUGAUGGUAAUAUUUUCUCUCUAGAUAUUUUGCUCACAAUUAGUUUCAUUCCAGCUUCUUACGUCACUCACGAUGAAUACGGUCUUCAUAAACCGGAAACGAAUCCACUUCCUGAAGUUGAACGCAUUGAGCCAAAUCUAGUUGGGCUAACUUCGGAAUUCAUGGUUUUUGUGAGGUUUUUAAGGGCGAAUGAUCAGAAGAUUUUGGCCUGUUCGGUGUUAUCGAUUUGUAUUACAUUGAUUAUGAUUUUGACGUUUUGUGUUGUCAAGAAAACAAUUUUUAGUGAAAGUAAGAAAGAAGAUAAGAAUGCGAUGAAAAAACAAUCACUGGAAACUAGAUUACUGGUUUCAUCGAGAUGUAAGUUAGCCUAACUCUCUGACAAAAAUUCUCAUCAUUUUGUUUUUUCUAUAGAUGGUGAUCACAUAAUGCCAGAAGUCAACAUCUAUGACUUUGACGAUGAUCCGAUUCUUCGAAGCACAACCACUUCAACUUUUAGGCAUUUGUAG